UCCGUAAAAUAAAAUAUGGCGAGCAUUUGAUGACUAGACGUAUACAUACGAUCUAGUGCUUGUUGUUCUUUGCUGACAUUGAAAUAAACAUAUUUCUGAGAAUAUGCUUAUAGUUUAAUUUUCAACGUAAAUUAUAUCACAAUAUAAAUUGAGAAAAAAGUAAUAGUUUUUGUAGAUAUUAACCUUAUAGAGGAAAAAGAAUUUAACUUUACCUAGAAGUAAAUUAAAAUUCUGAAUAGAAUUGGCGAUACCAUAAUUUUGGUAUUACAUUAAAUAUUGUCAAGUAUGCAAAGAUAAAUAAAAAAAAAUAUUGACAAUAUUUUUCUAUUAUUAAGAAAUGAUACUUUACUGCAAAAUAUUUAUGUUUAAAGAAGAAUCUUGUGAAUAAUUAGGUAAAAUUAUCAUUAUCAUCUUUCCUAUAAUAACAAAUAGGAAUGUUAUACUAUUAAAAAGAAACCGAAGCAUCAUGUAUAGUUUUGAAGGAGAUUAUAGACGUAAACCACAACAAAAUUUAGCAGGUGCAAGUAGAAGAGAUGAAAAAUCAGUUUUACUACAGCAUGCUCAAUUAAAACGUUUAAAACGAGAACAACAGCGUAAAAAACAUAAUGCAGCAUUAAAAAUUCAAGCAUUUGUGCGUGGUUUUAUAAUAAGAAAGAAUACAAAAAUAAUUAAAAGAACAGAAUUUGACGAGGAACAACAAAUAAAUGGUCGAAGAAAUUUAAAUCUAGAUGAGUUAACAAUAUAUUUCCAAAAAUUAUUGUUCUUUUAUAAUCAUACUUUGGAUGCUAACAGAUUAAUAUGGAUACUUCAACAUUUUUUGAAACAUCAGCAAGAAAUUAAACAGAAAUGUGUAAAUUGUUCAGAUUGGUUAUGGAGGUUAAGAUGGAUUCUUCGAAUGUGCAUGCAACAUAAUUCAGAAGCUUUGAUGAAUGGAACUUAUUCAUUGGCUAUACCAUUGAGAGUGAUAGAAACAUUUACAAGUCAAGAAGAUGCAGAAAAAGUUUUACACGAAAAUAGUUAUAAAUAUUUAAGAAACAUCUUCGUUUAUUUGAUAAAGCAUAAAUAUUUUGAUCAAUUAAGAAAAUUAAUAGAUAAUAAAGUUCCAUCUAUGUUGGAACCUACUUCUGUUCCUCCAACUCCAAUUUCAAAAUGUUUAGUAGAUAUGAUUAAACGACCGUUAGAUUUAAUUUCUUUUAUAGAACAGGAAGAUAAUUUUUCUAUGCUUGUUUUACAAGAACUUUGUAGAAGUAUAUUAUCUCCAAAAAUGUCUGAUGCAGUAAGAAUGUUUAUCAUUCCAUCAUUAUCUGAAUUUAUAGAAUUUCCCUAUAUUCAAUUGAUUAAAUGUAUUAAUAGAAUUGAAAUUGAACCAACGAUAAGUUUACUUUAUUCCAUUUUAUCUUUAGAAUCAAAUCGACUUUCUGCAUGUAAAUCUAAAGAUAUUCUUAUUAAUUAUUUACAAGUUCUUGCAUCUAUGAGUUCAACUAUAAUACCAUUAAUUGUUGAAGAAAAUAUAGAGCAAGCGAAUGAUUCAGACUCAGAAUCAACCACAAGUAUGAUUGAUCAAGAUCAAGCCGAUAUUCUACAUGAAUGUUCAGAAAUGUUGAAUGAAGAGCAACAUGUUCAAGGAAUACUCUUAGCGGUAGAUCGAAGCAAAGAUCCAGCUAUAUUACAACCGUUGUGCCAACUUUGUCAUCAUCUAUUGAUCACUAACAAAUUAGCCAUUCAUAAAUAUAAAUUGUUAUAUAUGCUCGCUUUUAAGCCAAUAUUUUUAAAAAAUUUAUGGGCCGCUUUAUUAUCAGCUUGUCAAAUGUCAUUAUUUGGAGGAGCAACGCCUCUUUUGCAAAUUAUAUCACGGGGUAUUGGUCUUUCUACCGAAGAUACAAAAAAAAUAAUUCCACUAUUAGCUGUAUUUUGUUCACUAUUCAGUCUACUUAUUGCAACAUUACAUGAUACAGAAUUUUUUAUUCAAGAUCAAUCAUUAGAUAUUAACGGACAACAAGCAAUGCCGUUUACAACUUCGGAAUUAGUAUUGUUAUCAAGUCAUUUAAAAGGCGUUUGCUUAGGUUUGGUCGAGCUUGCAUUUCCCGAUAGUCGACCAACUGUGCGAGACGAUUAUAAAAGAGCUGUUCUCGGUCCAACAUGUUCCCUACGAAAUCAACAAGAUACACAAAUGUGGACUCAUUUAUUCAAAGUAAUAGUUGGCUUAUUACGUCAGUUGCAUAUGCGAGACUUGAGACGACAAUUUUGUCCAGAAGGUCAUUGGAUAGCUUCGAAUAUUGUAAUACCAAUUGAUAAACCUCAAGAUUUCACAUUUCGUAGACGUAGAUUGAGAGGAUAUAUUCCUUUUCAAGGAUUACGAGUAUUUACUCGUGAAGAAUUAGAAGAAGGGCCACCUCUCACUGCAAAAGAAGUUCGAACAUUAACGCUUCUUCGCGAAAUACCAUUUGUUGUACCAUUUAAUAAUAGAGUAGUGGCAUUUCAAUCAUUGAUUUAUCGAGAUAAAACGAAACAACAAGGUGAAUUGACGCACUUCAUGCAAGGACCAUCGAUACAAAUAUCGGUAAGAAGAAACUAUCUCUACGAGGACGCAUUUGAUAAAUUAUCACCGGAAAAUGAGCCAGAAUUGCGAUUAAAAAUGCGCGUACAACUUUUUAAUACAGCUGGUUUAGAAGAAGCUGGUGUAGACGGUGGUGGUCUUUUUAGAGAAUUUUUAUCGGAAUUAUUAAAAACAAGCUUCGAUCCUAAUAGAGGCUUUUUUAGGCUUACCAAGGAUAAUAUGUUGUAUCCAAAUCCUACAGUGCAAUUAUUGGUUGAUGAUUUCCCGAAGCAUUAUUAUUUUAUCGGUAGAAUUCUUGGAAAAGCUUUAUACGAAAAUUUAUUAGUGGAACUUCCAUUUGCAGAAUUUUUUCUAUCAAAAAUAGUUGGUCGUCAAUCAGAUGUUGAUGUUCAUCAUUUAGCUUCUUUAGAUCCAAUUAUGUAUAGAAAUCUUUUGUAUCUAAAAAGUUACAAAGGUGAUGUUGCGGAUCUUGGUCUAGAUUUUACCGUAUUAUCAGAUGAACUAGGUGAAAGACGGAUCGAUGAAUUGAAACCAGGUGGUGCCAAUAUUCCUGUUACAAAUCAUAAUCGUAUCGAAUACAUUCAUUUGAUGGCCGAUUAUAAGUUAAAUAAACAGAUUCGAGCGCAGUGUUACGCAUUUAAACAAGGUAUAGGUAGUGUAAUACCCCUGGAUUGGCUUCAAAUGUUUAACAAUAAGGAACUACAAGUUUUGAUAUCAGGUGCACAAAUUCCAGUCGAUGUAAACGAUUUAAAAUUACACACUAAUUAUACAGGAGGAUAUGCACCUGAUCAUCCUACAAUCACUGCAUUUUGGAAAGUUGUUAAUGAAUUUAAUGACCAACAAAAAGGACAAUUACUCAAAUUUGUUACGAGCUGCAGUCGACCGCCUUUACUUGGAUUUAAGGUAUUUACAAGCGGUUAUUUCUUUUUUGAUGACUAAUUAAUAGGAACUCGACCCACCUUUUUGCAUUCAACAUGCUGGCAGUGUUGAUCGCCUACCGACUUCUAGUACCUGUAUGAAUCUGUUAAAGCUACCAGAAUUUCCAGAUGAGAAAACUCUACGCGAGAAACUUUUAUAUGCAAUACAAGCUGGUGCAGGUUUUGAAUUGAGUUAAAGCUCAAAUUUAUCUUAAUUUUAAGUGAAUUCUUUUAGUUAAAUCGGUGAUACCUGAUUGUAUAUAAAUUUUAAGCGUAAUUAACAUUAAGUACCCGUAUUCGAAAACAAAAUGCAAAAAUGAAAGUCAUAAUUCAUUAUUGGAUAAGUGAUUUAAUUCAAUGUUAAUUAUGUGCUUUAAAUGUCUGUGUUUGUCUAUAACAGCGAAUAAGGACAAGAUAGAUUGUGUUUCAAUUAUUUUUUUUGUCUGCUACAGGGCAGAAUAAUUUAAUAAAUCUUCGUCGGAUCAGGCAAUAAACAUAAUAUUGUCAGGAGGGGCCAAUUAAUUAGUCUAUUAAGGAGACAAUUAUUAAUACAAUGAACAAAUGUGUAUUGUUUGUAAAAAUACGUCAGUUUAUCCUAUUCGAUACGUAUCAACUUAUACGCAUAUAUAUAUACGCAUAUGUGUAUAUAUACCUAACGUAUUUAUGUACUUUAUUUGUUGUUAUUUUUCUGCCCUUGGCCUAUAACUUGUAAAUUGUGUAUAUUUUUUGUAUUACAUCAUAACUAUCAACAACUAUGAUAUCAAAUGUACAUGUGAGAAUAGACAUAUAUAUAUAUAUAUAUAUAUGUAUAUAUACAUAUCUAUGUAUAAAUAUAUAUGUGUAUAUAUAUAUAAAUAUAUAUAUAUGUAUUUAUGAAUUCGUUAAUUUAGUGUAAAUAAUAAAAAAAAUCCUGACAUGUCAUAUACAUUUAUUACAAAUAUGUUAUUUAAAUUUGAAUAGUGUUUUAAUAAAGGUUGUACACAAAUAGAA